CCCUCUGAAGCUGGUGCUCUUUUUGUUGUGGAUGAAUCAAAAUGUCCAGCGCUUACAGGCUGCUGGUGAAGGACGCCCGACAGGUCGUUCUGAUCUGCAACGACGGAGAGAAGUUCCUCACCAAAAACGGGAUGCAAAAUCUGUGCGUGAUUGAAAAUGGGAGCGUAGUGAUCGGGAGAGACGGGCUGAUCAAAGCUGUGGGGCCCGCGGAGACCAUCAGAGAGCAGUACCCCGAGUCGAGCUUCGAUAGAGUGAUCGAUGCUGCAGGCAUGUGCGUCCUGCCUGGGCUGGUGGACGCCCACACACACCCGGUCUGGGCUGGGGACAGGGUGCAUGAGUUUGCAAUGAAGCUGGCCGGUGCCACCUACAUGGACGUGCACCGGGCCGGCGGAGGGAUCCACUUCACCGUGGAGCACACGCGCGCCGCCGGCUCCCCGGAGCUGCUCGCCGCGCUGCGCGGCCGGCUGGCCCGCAUGCAGCGAGCCGGCACCACGCUGGUGGAGUGCAAGAGCGGCUACGGCCUGGAGCUGCAGGCCGAGCUCAAGAUGCUGGAGGUCAUCGAGGAGGCCGCGCGCACGACGCCCAUCAACAUCUCCUCCACCUACUGCGGGGCCCACGCGGUGCCCAGGGGGAAGACGGUUGCAGAAGCCACGGAGGACAUCCUGCAGGUGCAGCUGCCGGCGCUCAAAGAGAGGAUGUCCGCCGGCACGCUGAGUGUCCACAACAUCGACGUGUUCUGCGAGGAAGGCGUGUUCGACCUGCGCGCCACGCGCUCCAUCCUGCAGGCCGGGAAGGAGCUGGGCCUCGACAUCAACUUCCACGGAGACGAGCUCCACCCCAUGAACUCUGCUCAGCUGGGUGCAGAGCUCGGAGCCUUAGCCAUCAGUCACCUGGAGGAGGUCACCGAUGAGGGGAUCGCUGCCAUGGCAACAACGAGGACCGCCGCCGUCCUCCUUCCGACCACAGCGUACAUCCUCCGGCUGCCUCAGCCGCGGGCCAGAGACAUGUUGGACGCUGGCGUCAUCGUCGCCCUCGGCAGCGACUUCAACCCCAACGCCUACUGCUGCUCCAUGCCGAUGGUGAUGCACCUGGCCUGCGUGAACAUGAGGAUGUCCAUGCCCGAGGCCUUGGCGGCCGCCACCAUCAACGCCGCCUACGCCCUGCGGCGCUCACACACACACGGCUCGCUGGAGGUCGGCAAGCACGGAGACCUGCUGGUCCUCCACGCCACGCGGUGGGAGCACCUGAUCUACCAGCUGGGAGGACAUCAGGAGCUGAUUCGCUACGUCGUCGUCAAAGGAAACGUCAUCGUUGACAACGACAACACGAUGGAUCUGUAGCCGCGGCGGUGCAAUCAAUAACUAUGAUGGACCGCUGCAAGAUUUAAGGGAAUAAAUACUUCCUGUAGAUAAAACCAGCUGGACAACUUCUAGAGUCUCCGCUGGCCGAUCUCAACUUUUAUAUUCAUGCUAAACUAAGUUCGUAUCAUGAAUCCACUCGGAUCCUUUUAGGAAGCCGGACUGUAAUUCCCAAAAUGUGAAAGUUUCUUUACAAGACAUUUCAUUGAGCGUGCUGCUGUGAAAGAAUGUGUCGUGACAUUGAACCGAUCACUAACUCUAGAAACCAAUAUUUUAGAUAAAUCUCCUGUUAACUUGAUUAAAAUCUACCUCUCUAUU